ACGUAGACGGCCAGUCAUCGAGGUACGUCAGCCGAUCCGAGCCUACUACGCGGAAGAUCCAAUCAAUUGCCAUCAUUUUACGUUCGGCUGUUGAGCAUAAAAGUGUGAACAACAAGAGAGUUUCGGUGUUCAGAAAAAUAGUUAGGAAGAGUUGAGGAAACUUCUAACUUACAACGAGAUCUAACUACAUUGUUUUCGGUGGAGACAGAGAAAUAAACUCGGCAAGGUUGGUUGUGUACACGGGUACGAAAUGGAGAAGUACCUGUCUGCCGCGGUAGGCUGCUUGCUGUUGUUGAUGGGCCUCGCAUUCGUACAAGGCUCACCAAUCAAGCAGGCGACUGAAGCCGGUACCAAGCAUAUGCUGGGCGCCAAAGAGUGUACCUGGGGACCGACCUACUGGUGUGCUAAUCUAAGCAACGCGAAAUCGUGCGGUGCCGUUUCUCACUGCAUUCAAUCGGUGUGGGAGACACAUCGGUAUCCAGUGGAUAACGAUGAGAUCUGCAACAUUUGUUUGGAUAUGGUGCGUCAAGCGCGCGACCAGCUCGAAAGCAACGAAACACAGUCUGACCUGAAGGCUGUUUUCGAAGGUUCGUGCAACUUGAUACCGAUAAAAGUGGUGAAGAAGGAGUGUCGAAAAAUGGCAGACGACUUUGUUCCGGAACUAGUAGAGGCGCUUGCCUCGCAGAUGAACCCAAACGUAGUAUGCAGUGUGGCUGGACUGUGCAAUAAUGCGGCCAUCGAUAAGAUGCUUGCUGAAAUGCCUGCUACCAAAUCACCGCAAUCCAGCGAAAUGAGCGAGCAAGCUGACCAGCAAUUCGGUUGCCAGCAAUGUAACGACAUUUCCACAACGAUUGUGCAGCGAUUCCACGCAUCAGAUAGGGAUAACGUGCUGGAAGGGUUUCUACGCUUCUGCGGUCAGAUGUCAUCGUACUCUGAUGCUUGUUCAAGCAUCGUAAUAACGUACUUCAGUGAGCUCUACGAACACCUCAACACGCACUUGACGCCUGAUGCGAUCUGUCAUCUUAGUGGCGUUUGUGCUGCUAACUUCCACCAACAUGACGAUGCGGAUUCGAUUGAGGUACGCCCGCUUAGUGGCGUUGGAGUUCUUCGGGUGUCGUCGAAAUGCACUACCAACGACUGUAGCAAUGGCGACGAUGUACCGUGCAAGUUGUGCGAGCAAUUGGUCGAUCAUUUGCGUGACGUACUGAUUGCGAAUACAACCGAGCUGGAGUUCAAGCAGGUACUAGAAGGACUGUGCAAGCAGACUAAAUCAUUUGCCGAAGAAUGCACGAGCCUUGUGGACCAGUACUACGCCGAGAUCUACGAAACCUUGGUGCGCAACUUAAACAGCAACGAUGCCUGCUUCAUGAUUGGCGUUUGCCCCAAGAAUACUCCAUCCGAUGGUCCAUUGAUGCCUUUGUUGCCUGUCGUAGUCGCAGUUCAGCACGAGUCUGAUUCUUCCGCUGUUCGUCGUCCGAUACUAGGCAGCAACGAGCCGAUUCUGUCAGCUAUGGAAAUUCAACAAGCUCAACUACCGAUUGAUCGUAUCAUGGGUGCCCCAAGCGUCCUGCAGCUCACGGAUAAUGGCAAGUUUUGUACACUCUGCGAGUACUUCAUGCACUUUGUACAAGAAGCGCUGAGUGAACCGGCGAACGAGGAUGAGAUCAAGCAUGUUGUCGGCACGACCUGCGACCGCCUGCCUUCGUCCAUUCGCGGCGAGUGUCACAACUUUGUCGAUCUGUAUGGUGACGCUGUAAUUGCGCUACUGAUCCAAUCGAUGGACCCGCGCCAGAUCUGCCCAACGCUGAAAUUCUGCCCGGCUCAAGCCAGUCCCGAUGCAGAGGUGUUUGCUCCGGCACAGGUAGAGGUGUCGGUUGAUGUACAGGCUGGUAACGGCAAGCCAACUUGCCCGCUCUGUCUUUUCGCUGUUAGCCAGCUGGAAGAAUCGGUAAAAACCGAUCGUUCGAAGCACAACAUCGAGUCCGCGUUGGCUCGGCUCUGCAUGCACCUCUCACCGAAGCUGCGCCUGGAGUGCACCGACUUUGUGGACACUUAUACCGCAGAACUGGUCGAAAUGUUGGCUUCCGACUUUACACCCCAAGAAAUAUGCGUGUUUUUGAAGCUUUGCGUCGACAAGCGCCCUGAUCUGAGCCUUUUGAGUUUGGAGCUUGAAUAUGAGCAACGGCCGCGAAAGGUGCUCAUCGGUGGCAGCCCGGCCAUCUCCGGCGACAUCGAAACGAAUGAAAUUCCCGAUAACACCGUCAACGGACAGCCAAUGGAGGACGAAUCUGCUACAAUCGGCUCGACGCAGUGCCUGGUAUGCCAGGAGAUGGUGAAACAAGUCGAGAAACGCGUCAAGAACAAGAAGAACAGAGCGGAGAUCGAAAAUGCCCUCGAUCAUGUUUGCGAGCGCAUGAAAGAGUAUCGCGAUAGAUGCGAGCAGUACGUCCAGAAGCAUGCCGAUCAGAUAAUCGACCUUGUACUGAAGCAACUGUCACCAAAAGAGAUCUGUCACGUUCUCGGGUUUUGCAUCACGAAAGCAUCAAUCGAAGAGCAGGUUGACGAGGCGUUGCUAGAUUACGUCAUUGAGCCAGCUAUUGUAGAACCACCGAAGCAGGUCCUCACGACACCGUUGGUGGUUCGUGGCGAUGGAAGUGUGUACGGUUCGGAGCCACCACAAUGUGCGCUUUGUGAGUUCGUUAUGGUUAAGCUGGAAUCGGAACUGGCGGACAAGAACACACGCGAAACCAUCGAGCGCGCGGUGCGCAACGUCUGCAGCAAACUACCGGCCACGAUCGACAAACAGUGCAGUAAGUUCAUCGAUCAGUACGGCGAAGUGAUCAUCAAGUUCCUGGACACCCUGCCACCACAUCAAAUGUGCACAAAGCUGGAGCUAUGUGAACCGCAGGAAAAGCACCAGGUUGCUUUGCUAGAGCAGUCGAAGAAAGAAAUUGUCGAAUGUGCAGUUUGUCAGGGUGCAGUCAAGGGACUCGAUGAGCUGUUAAGUGAGAUUCCCGUCGAGCAGGAGGUCAGUAAGUACGCAAGCCGUAUUUGCAACGAGUUAGCUGCCAAACAUUACGCCCAGUGCGAACGUCUGCUCUCGGUCUACGGUAUCAGCAUGAUAAAGCAGCUUAAGCACUCGAUCGAGCGGGAACAGGUUUGUGUCAACAUCGAUAUGUGCAGCAAAAUGUUGCCAACAAUGAAUGAAGAAUCGAUGCCAGAGUUUGCAUCGGAAGAAGGAAAUGAUGAUGACAAUCACGAGUUAGUGACGGGCGAGUCGGAUUCAGACGACGCAGUCUCGGAGAAUGUACCGAAACAGCAUGCCAUUCUGCUUGGCCAGAACCAGUGCAGCUGGGGGCCCUCUUAUUGGUGUAAGGAUGAACAGACUGCCAAAGAGUGCAAGUCCACCGAUUAUUGCAUGAAGCGUAAGCUGGGCUUUUGGCAGCAGUGAAUACUAGAGGGAGCUUACGUGUAGCAGAUGUAACACAUCCAAUCUUGCUCGAGAGUAGGUCCAUUGUUGUCAGGCAUUCUCCAGAUGAAUUCAUGAGCAAACAAUAGAAAAGAUGAAAUAGAAAUAUCGAUGUGAAGGUUCUCCAAAACAGAAAAACAAAAAAAAACAAAUUGUAGCUAAAUGACACCAAGAAGUGCUAUUUUUUAGUAUAUAAUAUAAAAAAAACCAAUGAUGCGCGUUGUUUUGUAAUCUAACCGUUUCAGGAGAACAAAAACAGUGAGCGUUUGAAAGGACCUUUCGAGGAGCGAGCAAGAAGCAAAACGUAUCGUAUAUGUAAUGAAAGAAACCGGAGGAUUUCUUGUAAUCUCUCUGUGAAGAAUUUAGGCUGUUUACAGCUUUUUAUAGCUAGUGAAGUGAACAACACUAAGGACCGAAGAUAAAUACUGGGCGUUGUGAUUAACCGCUUGACGGACCGUUUCGUCGAUUGCUUCCGCUAUAUAUAUAAAAAAAAAUUGGAUAGCUCCCGGUUACCUUAAUUAAGCUUGAUUGAAUUCUCUGAUCUUUACUGAUAUUUGUAGAAAAAAAAAAAACAACUGAUUGAAUUCCCAACAUUAUUUGCUAAUAAAACUGGAAAAUGAUAUCAACGA